AUGGCAGGUAAUGAAGGGCGUCCGGUGAUAAAAGCUGCAAGGCACAAUCUUGCUAAUAUGACACAGGCAAUUGUGAAGCCUGAGAUAACUGGUCACUUUGAACUCAAACAAUACAUGACUGAUGAGGUGUUGUGUCACACUUUAGUUGAUAGGUUGGACGAGGAAUCAAAGAUGAAUCUUGACUUAGCAUGUGGGGGUAGUUGCAUGGGAAGACCGUAUAGUGAGAUCCAGAUCCUGCUAAACAAUUUCACUGCUAAUGAUAAUAAUUGGCAUGAAGAUGGGAAACCACGAAGAGCGCUUAAACAAAAGGCAGCAGGUGUGAUCGAGCUUGAUGAUUUCUCAGCCUUGAGGGAAGAUAUAGCGAGAUUAAAAAAUCAGAUGAAUAAGAUGACAAUGCACCAAGCACAACAGAUGCAGCGUGUGCAACAGAUGUCUACUUGCUGCGAGUUUUGCGGUGAAGGUCACACAAGUGACAUAUGCCCCGUGAAUCCUGAAUCCAUCUACUACGUGGGGCAACAAGCUAGAGGGCCGAUGAAUCAAAAUUCUCAAUAUAGUACCACAUACAAUCUGAACUGGAGGAAUCAUCCUAACUUCUCUUGGGGUGGAAAUCAAAACAUCAGGCCUCAAGCGAAUUAUAAUCAUCCACCUCAACCUCUACAGCAAUCAGAAGAGAGUUUGACUGACAUGAUUAAAAAGCUCUUGAUAGACAAUCAGAAAGUUAUGGCUGAGAAUCAACAAUUGCGCACAGAGUUCAGAAAUCUAGAGAGGCAGUUUGGGCAAAUAGCUAACAAUCAGAAUAUUAGACCUGUUGGAGCUCCCUCAAGUGAUACAGAGAAAAAUCCUAAAGUCAAUACAGUGACGUUGAGAAAUGGGAGAGAGUUAGUAGAAGUGCCUAAGAAGAAAAAGGAGCAGUUUGGGCUCGAAGAAGAAAGAGUGCCAAAAAAUAUAGAGGUAGAUAAGAGAAACAAAAUAAAGUCUGAGCAAAUAUCAGGAAGGGUGCCUCCUCCUUUUCCUCAAAGACUGAGAAAGAAGAAUGAUGACAAUAUGUUUCACAAAUUUUUAGAUAUGCUAAAGCAGAUACACUUGAGCAUCCCUUUGGUGGACAUGCUCUGUGAGGUCCCAAAAUAUGCAAAGUAUAUUAAGGAUAUAGUGGCAAAUAAGAGGAGGUUAACUGAAUUUAAGACCGGCGUACUUACUGAGGAGUGCACUUCCAGGAUUAAACAUAAGCUUCCACAAAAGCUUAAGGAUCCGGGUAGUUUUACCAUCCCCGUGAGGAUUGGUGAAAUUGAUGUGGGUAGCCUUGUGUGA